CCCGGGCUGACCCUCGUCCCCUCCUCUCCCCGCCCUUGGCGGGGCGGCGGCUGCUGCUGUUGUCACCCACCGAGCCGCCUGUCCCGCUUGUCCUCCCCGCCGCGGGGCUUGCCGGGCCGGCCGGGCCGGGACAGGCGGCCGUCUUCUCACCACAGACACCGCCGCCAUGCUGGCCGCUCGCCCACCCCACUGGGGGCCCCACCGCGCCCCAGCCCCCCGUGGGCGCGCCAGCCCCGACCCGGGUCUCAGCGGCGGUGGCAGCCGAGGUGCAGGAUGCGAGAAGGCGCCCCCCGGCCGGGCUCCCGCUCCAGGCCUCACUCCCCUGCGGCCCUCUGAGCCCACCAUGGCCGUCCCACCGGGCCAUGGUCCCUUCUCUGGCUUCCCGGGGCCCCAGGAGCACACGCAGGUAUUGCCUGAUGGGCGGCUACUGCCGCGGAGGCUGCCCCUGGCCUUCCGAGACGCGACCUCAGCCCCGCUGCGCAAGCUCUCCGUGGACCUCAUCAAGACCUACAAGCACAUCAAUGAGGUAUACUAUGCGAAGAAGAAGCGGCGGGCCCAGCAGGUGCCACCUCAGGACUCGAGCACCAAGAAGGAGAAAAAGGUCCUGAACCACGGUUAUGACGAUGACAACCAUGACUACAUCGUGCGCAGUGGCGAGCGCUGGCUGGAGCGCUAUGAGAUUGACUCACUCAUUGGCAAAGGCUCCUUUGGCCAGGUGGUGAAAGCCUAUGAUCAUCAGACCCAGGAGCUGGUGGCCAUCAAGAUCAUCAAGAACAAAAAGGCCUUCCUGAACCAGGCCCAGAUUGAGCUGCGGCUGCUGGAGCUGAUGAACCAGCAUGACACAGAGAUGAAGUACUACAUAGUGCACCUGAAGCGGCACUUCAUGUUCCGGAACCACCUGUGCCUGGUGUUCGAGCUGCUUUCCUACAACCUAUACGACCUCCUGCGCAACACGCACUUCCGUGGCGUCUCGCUGAACCUGACGCGGAAGCUAGCGCAGCAGCUCUGCACGGCGCUGCUCUUCCUGGCCACGCCCGAGCUCAGCAUCAUUCACUGCGACCUCAAGCCCGAGAACAUCCUGCUCUGCAACCCCAAGCGCAGCGCCAUCAAAAUCGUGGACUUCGGCAGCUCCUGCCAGCUUGGCCAGCGGAUCUACCAGUACAUCCAGAGCCGUUUCUACCGUUCUCCCGAGGUGCUGCUGGGCACACCCUACGACUUGGCCAUUGACAUGUGGUCCCUGGGCUGCAUCCUGGUGGAGAUGCACACUGGAGAGCCCCUCUUCAGUGGUUCCAACGAGGUGGACCAGAUGAACCGGAUUGUGGAGGUGCUGGGCAUCCCACCAGCCCCCAUGCUGGACCAGGCACCCAAGGCUCGAAAGUACUUCGAGCGGCUGCCUGGGGGCGGCUGGACCCUGCGAAGGACAAAGGAACUCAGGAAGGAUUACCAGGGCCCCGGGACACGGCGGCUGCAGGAGGUGCUGGGCGUGCAGACGGGCGGGCCCGGGGGCCGGCGGGCGGGGGAGCCGGGCCACAGCCCCGCCGACUACCUCCGCUUCCAGGACCUGGUGCUGCGCAUGCUGGAGUAUGAGCCCGCCGCCCGCAUCAGCCCACUGGGGGCUCUGCAGCACGGCUUCUUCCGCCGCACGGCUGAUGAGGCCACCAACACGGGCCCGGCAGGCAGCAGUGCCUCCACCUCGCCCGCGCCCCUCGAUACCUGCCCCUCUUCCAGCACCGCCAGCUCCAUCUCCAGCUCUGGAGGCUCCAGUGGCUCCUCCAGUGACAACCGGACCUACCGCUAUAGCAACCGAUAUUGUGGGGGCCCUGGGCCCCCCAUCACUGACUGUGAGAUGAACAGCCCCCAGGUCCCGCCCUCCCAGCCACUGCGCCCCUGGGCAGGGGGUGAUGUGCCGCACAAGACACAUCAGGCCCCUGCCUCUGCCUCAUCACUGCCAGGGGCCGGGGCCCAGUUACCCCCUCAACCCCGAUGCCUUGGCCGUCCCCCGUCACCAACCUCGCCACCACCCCCGGAGCUGAUGGAUGUGAGCCUGGUGGGCGGCCCUCCGGACUGCUCCCAGCCUCACCCAGCACCUGCCCCCCAGCACCCGGCUGCCUCAGCCCUCCGGACUCGGAUGACAGGAGGUCGUCCACCCCUCCCACCCCCUGAUGACCCUGCCACUCUGGGGCCUCACUUGGGCCUCUGUGGUAUACCCCAGAGCACGGCAGCCAGCUCAUGACCCUGCCCCCUCCCUGGGGCCCCUCCUGAAGCCAUACCCCCCCACCCACCCAAUCUGGGGGCCCUGGGCUCCCAUCCUCAUCUCUCCCGUUGACUGGAAUUGCUGCUACCCAGCCGGGGUGGGUGAGGCCUGCACUGAUUGGGGCCUGGGGCAGGGGUUCAAGGAGAGGGGUUUAGCCUCACCUCCCCACUAAGGACUGGACCCUUGGUCCCUUCUCUCCCCUUGUUUUCUAUUUAUUGUACCAAAGACAGUGGUGGUCCAGUGCGGGGAGGGGGAGAGUCCCUCUCACCCCAGGGCCCUA